CGUUCACUGCGUAUACGACGAUCGGAGGUGAUCGAAGCUGUUGUGUGCCGGACAGCAUCGCGGAGUUGAUCAACGCAGCUUCCAACGGCUUGGAAGUGAAGUGCAUCGUUUUCGGUGUACUUGCGAAACACGGCCUGCCCAUCGUUCUAAGCCAGUCGGCAGCAUUUGUCCCCGGAAGCAAGUCCCGUGGUGUGUUUGUGUUGUGUGAAUUGUGUGUCUCAAACAUUUGUGUGACUGUAUAACGAAAAAGAAAAACACACGUAAAAUCCACGCGCCGCACCGUGUCACAGUUACCUGUGUGUUGUUUCUGGCUGAAUGUGCGUUCGGUUCAGAACUAGCCGUGCGUUCGCGGUGCAAGCUGCCAUCUGACACCGGAAAGGAGAAAGAAAUCGACCAACGCAACGGUUGUGUGUUAUUCACCUUUACGAAAAACCCGUCGUUUGCGGAGAACGGCCGUGGUGCAAAGAAAAACCCGAGUAAAGUAGCGUGUGCGAAAGAAUAUUCCUCCACCAUAAGUUGUAUGCGUGAAUGUGCUCGUGUGUAUGUGUGUGUGGGCUUGUGUGUUUAUGAGUGUGUUUUUUUUCCCUUCGAUUGCGGUUUUAUGAAGCGCCAGUAGGCUGUGGAGCAAAAGACGAUGGCUUGCUAGUGGCUGAGCAGCACGGAAAAUGAAGCUGGCCCCUCGCUGUCAGCUGGAAAAGCUUCUCCUCUCGCCAACGAAAACGACCAUCAAAAGACGCCCAGAAAGCUUGUCGCUGGGUGGGUGGAUAGGGCAGAGCGGUCGAUCCCAGCAGUAACCGAUCCAUCUUUACCACGUAAUUUGGUUAUUCAAUGAGGCCUUCAGGAUCGUCGCGGUGAUCCAGCGAAUAGAAGCCGGUUCCCGUUCAAGCUUUCUUUUUCGGCUGUGAGGCGAAGCAGUUUAAAACGAGGAGAACAAACCCCAACAUAGAGCAUUUGUCCCUCGUGUCGUCGCUACGGACGCGCCGUCACGCCGCACGGCAGGAGGAAUGACCAUCGUUAUGGCCGGUCUAUCGACAUCGGAAAUAUGCGAAAACACGAAACUGGCCCGCGAAAUGGCCGUGAUGGGGAACUACGAUUCGGCCGGCAUCUACUACGAGGGUGUGCUGCAAAUGCUGCGCAAGCUGCUGGUCGGUCUCAGCGAGCCACUGCAGAAAGGCAAAUGGUUAAUGAUUCAGCAAGAAAUCAACAAAGAGUACAAUCAAAUGAAGCUAAUUCAAAAGACACUUACGGAGAUUACGAUGGAUCUCCAGAAUGCACCGCUGCAAGCCCGCAUCCGCACACCCCUGCACGAAACGGCCAGCAAAGAUCCGGCGGCAUGGUUCCGGGCCGAUCCCGACAUCUGGAUGCCGCCCGCUUCCGGUCGCGGCGGUAUCGAUCCGGACGUGUGGGCACCACCGCCCGAUAUGCCGCCGCCGGAUCAUCGCCGUGCCGUAGCCCCGCGUAAUCAAUCUCGCUCCAGCACCGCACUGAACCGCAAGUCGGAGGUGAACCGGCGAAAUGCGGCCACCAAAUCAGCAUCCACAUCGACGGUCGGAGGGCGCAAGACAAUCAGCCAAACGGCCCGUGCAGCGGCCGGUGGUGGAACCUCGGGAAUGAACGGUGCGUCACGCACCGGAACGCUGACAAGAACGAAGGGCGGAGCAGGGCAACGAAGCUCGACCGUAACUGCGUCGGGCGAAGCAACCAACGGCAAUGGGGAGAAGAGCGACAAGGAAAAGCUGGACGACGACGAAGGCAACGGCGGCGGCGAUACGCCGGAGGAGGUGGAGCGCAAGUUCGAACCGGCCAGCCACGCCGAUGUCGAUCUGGUGGACAUGCUCGAGCGCGACAUACUGCAGAAGAAUCCGAACAUCCACUGGGACGACAUAGCGGAUCUGCACGAAGCGAAACGUUUGCUGGAGGAAGCGGUCGUCCUGCCGAUGUGGAUGCCGGACUACUUCAAGGGCAUCCGGAGACCGUGGAAGGGGGUGCUGAUGGUCGGUCCACCCGGUACCGGCAAAACGAUGCUCGCGAAAGCCGUCGCAACCGAAUGUGGCACAACGUUCUUCAACGUGUCCUCGUCCACGCUCACCUCCAAGUAUCGGGGCGAGUCCGAGAAGCUGGUGCGAUUGCUGUUCGAGAUGGCCCGCUUCUACGCGCCCAGCACGAUCUUUAUCGACGAAAUCGAUUCGCUCUGUUCGCGGCGCGGUUCCGAGUCCGAGCAUGAGGCAUCGCGGCGCGUAAAGUCGGAGCUGCUGGUGCAGAUGGACGGCGUUAGCAAUGAUGAGGCGACCAAGAUCGUGAUGGUACUGGCGGCGACCAACUUCCCGUGGGACAUUGACGAGGCGUUACGGCGGCGGCUCGAGAAACGAAUCUACAUCCCGCUCCCGAACAGCGAGGGCCGCGAGGCGCUGCUCAAGAUUAAUCUGCGCGAGGUGAAGGUGGACGAGUCGGUGGACAUGCGCGACAUUGCGGACCGGCUGGAUGGGUACUCCGGUGCGGACAUUACGAACGUCUGCCGGGAUGCGUCGAUGAUGUCGAUGCGGCGCAAGAUCGCGGGCUUGCGGCCCGAGCAGAUACGGCAGCUGGCCAAGGAGGAGCUCGAUCUGCCGGUAUCGAAGCAGGACUUCAAAGAGGCCAUCGCCAAGUGCAACAAGAGCGUAUCCAAAGACGAUCUAGCAAAGUAUCAGCAGUGGAUGAAGGAGUUCGGUUCGUCGUGAUGGAGCGUGUGUACCGCACGAGGAAGAGCAAGACUGCGACGACCCACCCGUGGUUAAUGCGAUCGUCGAUGACGGAGCCGAUGGGUGGGUGAGAUUGAGCUCUGUGGCCGUGCCCGGAACAGUUCGGUGUGAGAUUGUGAUCAUUGUAUAGAGGAGAAGAAGAGCGCGAGAGUGAAACUGAUCGCGAAUGGAACAAGGAAAAGUCUUGGGAGCAACAUAAAUUAGCAAACUUUUAAUGCACACUCGAAAUGCACUGCGCUUGCAGAGUAAUUUAGCCGGCUCCCACAUCUCGGAAUGGAAUCAAAAGCAUUCCGUUACCGUUUUGCUUGCUGUUGGAUAAAAGCCUCCCAGCGCAUGGUCAUACUCUCGCGAGCAUCUUAAUAGUUCCUUCCAACUUUUGGUCCACAACACACCUCAUAUCAGUCAGUUAACGAGAUAGUCCUGUGUACAGAUGGUGACAGUAAUUGAGUGGCCAUUGGUUUGUUUUUUGUCCUGCUCUGAUUGAUAAUGUGAUCCAUCGCCUUGAUUGCUGUGCCUUUGCUGCAUGCCCAUAGGAACAUCCUUUCUACAUCAUUUAAUGCUUCAAAGGAGCGUCACAGUACCGGAAGGGACCGAGCGAAUGAAACGAAACGAAACAAAAUCAUUGAAACUACUACUACUACUACUACUAGAAGCCCUUCGCGGAAGGGCAAGAACUGCUGUGUAGCUUGUAAAUCAUUAAAGGUUUCUUUUUUUGUUUUUCUUCUUUUAAAUUUUAAACACUACGAUAAUGAUGAUAAUACAAUGAUAAUACUAGCGUGUAAGGAAGAUAAGAUGUAAUAAAAGAAAAACACUUGAAUAACAUUUUAUAAAAAAGUGACAAAAUAAAAUCACCAAAUUCGUAUUUCA